GGAACCCAACCCAGGUCCUCCGCAAGAAUAGCAAGUGCUCUAAACCCCAGUCCUAUCCUACAGGGAGGGGUAAGGAACUCAUCAGUUUCAUGGUUAGUAAGUAACAGAUCAAUAUUUUAACCCUAGGUGUUGGUUAUUUACUAAUUCCUAGCAUUAGUAGUUACACACAGAUCUACCCUCCCCCUUCUCUUUCCAAGGCUGGGUGUUGGGUAUGAAGGCCUGGCUGGCUUGGUGUUCACUAUGCAGCCAAAGCUGUCCUUAGACUAGCCAUAAGCGUCCUGCUUUCUUGUUCUGAGUUCCAGGAUUACAGGAAUGUGUCAUGAUGUCCACCCAACUCCAUCAUAAGGCCACGUGCAGGGCCUGCCAUUUUCCCCUUAUAAUAAAUGUGUGACAAAAUAUCCCCUUCUAUCGUGAGCCAGGGUGCAGACAAUGCUGACGUCAUGGGUAAGAAACACUUGCCAACUGUCAGUGUUUGGCCACAAGGCUCCUAGCAGCAGAAGGGAUAACUUUAGCUAGUUCUUGCACUAUAUAGCAAGGCAAGCGAUCUGAGGCACGAAUAGAAAUUACUUAGCGAGAGACAGGCAGAAAGGGCGGGAAGGGGUUAGGGCUCUUCCAGACACACAGGUGAGGAAGAGAAAUGCACGUUGUGUUUUCAGACAGGGUCUCACGUAGCCCAGACCAGCUUCAAACUCCCUGUGUCACUAAGGAUGACUUAGCAUCUUCCAGCCUCCACUUCUCGGGUGCUGGGAUCACUGACACAUGCCGUCGUUCCUGACUAGAGGAACUUUAUACCCUGGGGAAGAACAAAAUUCAUAAUCUGAAGUUGGUGUCCAUUGACUGUAUAUGGAUUUCUUAUUGUCGCAAAACAAAAUUAAAACAAUUAAAAAAAAAAAAACAGGUAGGGGGAUGUUUGCCCGGAAACCGGGAAAGGGAAUAACAUUCGAAAUGUAAAUAAGAAAUACUCAAGUUAAUAAAAAAAAAAAAGAAAAGAAAAGAAAUAUUUAAAUAAAAAAAAAAACAGGGCUGGAAAGAUGGCUCAGUGGUGAAGAGCGCUGACUUCUCUUCUUAGAGGUCCUGAGUUCAAAUCCCAGCAACCACAUGGUGGCUCGCAACCAUCUGUGAUGGGAUCUGAUGCCUUCCUCUGGUGUGUCUGAGGACAGCUACAGUGUACUUAGUAUAUAAUAAAUAAAAUAAACCUUUAAAAACAAAAAUAAAAGUAAAGCCUGAAAGGGUUUCAGUAAAACAGGAGAAGGGGUCCAGUUCUGAAUUUGGUGUCUAGCAUGCAGGAAACACACAACCUUUUAGCUUUCCUUUAAAAACUAAUCUGCAAGAAGAGGGGGCAGCCUAUGAGGCUGAGGAUGCUAAUCAGAGGUCAUCUCAUGAUUUAUUUGUCAGGGAAGUAAGCACUGUUCCCAGCGUUAAUUAAAACAAACGAUUACAAUUACUAGGAACCGGUUAAGCUGAAGCCAGGCUUAAGUCUUCAGGAAGCAUCUUAAUUAUAAUCUCCUGUUGAUGAUGCCUCAGGCAGCAGGUACGCUCAAGAACUUUAUUAGGAGGCCCGCUAAUUAGGAGGCUGAGCCUGCUAACCUCUAAUUGUGCAAUUUGCAAAUAUUUUCUACAUCACAACAUCUUGUAACUCUGUGAAUUAUGUUCCAUUAAAAGUUAUCGCUCAGCCUCGGUUUUCUUGCAUUUUCCUGCAUCUCUUUUUGGUUUCUUGUUGUUUGUGGCUCUGCAGAUUGAACCCAAAGGCUCCCGUACUAAGCAAGCGCUUGGUCAUGGAGCUCCAUCCCCAGAUUCUUCUUCCUUUCUGAGACAUAGUCUCACUCUGUAGGCCAGGUUGGGCCUUAAGUUUCAGCAAUCCUCCUUCCUGCCUUUGCUCUUACAUUUUAAAUGAGGAACUGGUAACAAGGUAAUAUAUUUUAAUUGGAAACACCAUCUCAUUCCUGUCAUCCAGUAAUAAAAAGGCUCCUGUCUUGGGGGACCAUUACUGUGGAGGACUGUCAAAUGGAAGGACUUUUGUAAAUUUCUUUUCUUGUGGGCAGGGGGCUGCAGAGAGGGACAGAUAGUCUCUCACCCAGUAACUCUGACUGACAUGGAACUUGCAACGUAGACCAGACUAGCUUUGAACCCAGAGAUCUCCCUUCCUCUGCCUUUCUGGUGCUGGGAAUUAAAGACACGUGCCACAAUCCUCAGCUCUUUCUAACUGGAGCAAGGUAAAGGGGAUGUCAAUGUCCCUAUCCCCUUUUCCAAAGAUCUGAGGCAGGGGCUUGAUCUCUGUGUAUCCAAAAGGAUGAAGUUCAGGUUGUGUGAGGACACUUUAAAGGUCAGCUAAUUGGCAAGACAGCCCGGCUUUACAGGAAAUGUCAUCCACAAUGACCAGGGACAGCAGAAAAGGCCGGUGGCACACAUGACCAUGUGGGCAUUUACCCCACCAAGGAGUUUAACAUCAGACCAAAAACUACACCAAGACUGCCAAAAAUCUCACCAAGCAGGAUGAGGAAGAGACGAGUGAGAAUGUGGGCAAGGAGCAAUCCUAGUAUAGAUUUCAUUUAAAAAUGGCUCAGUGAGGGGGAACAAUGUAAAGGAACUGAUGCAUUAGUAGUGGACCUUUGAAUUCAGCAAGGAUAUUUUAAGUGCUUAGAAAAAAGCUACAGGUGGAUCCAAGGAAAUCAUGUGAGAUUGUGUUCUUCUUGUUUUAGACAGGGACAGAAGUUUCUCUAGUCCAAAAAGUCUGCAACAAUGUAUCUUUUAAUUUUUUUUCUUAUUUUGAGCAGAACAUUCUCUUUUCUUUGGAAGAAUUCAGCUUUGCCCACGGCCAAAAUUCCUUUACCAGGAGGACUUUUUUGAAAAGGCAUUUCUGGUUCGUCACUACUUGAAGUAAUUUUUCUAUCCCAUUUUAGUAUUUUUGAAGUUAAAAAGAUCAUGUUGAUAUCUUCAUUUAGGAAUUUUCCAUCUCUAAUAAAAUUCAGUGCUGUAAUUUUUCCACUGGAAUUUUCAGUGUUGAUUUUGGUAUUUGCUAUGGAGUAUAUUGGUAAUGCUGGGUUUGCCGUAUCGUAGGAAGUGAUCUUGUUAGAUUCUGUGUGUGUACUUCAACCCCAAUCAUCUUCUGAUAGUCUGAAGCUGUAUCUAAUGCCCCACUUUGGCAGGCUCAUGCUAUAUAUAGAGAGAGUAGGGUCAGUGCACAAAGAUACCACUGUUCUUCCGGUUCAUUUCUCACACUGACUACACGUACUGCUGGAGGUUCAUUAUUUGCAGACUUUUAGCCAGCAGUGUCGACCUUCCCUCAGGCUUCAUACUUAGAGAGCUGGAUGUGCAGGCACAAACCCCCAGCACCUGUGACAAUACAGCAAGGAAGACUGCCACAUUCAGUCAGCUUGGUCUGCAGACCAAGGAGAGGCUAGCAGGCAAGACCUUGCUCAAAAUAUCAAGUCCAUACUGGCUCGUCAAGGAGUCUAAGGAAAGCUCUUUCAAGUGUGAAGUGACAUCUAUAUCCCAGUACACCGUACAAUUGCCUGUGACUGAAAUACGUCUUUAAGGAAAUACUUAUUUUUACUAUCUGAGACGUGUGUGUGUGUGUGUGUGUGUGUAUGUAAUUUCUUUUUUCCUUUUUUUGAGCCAGGCUCUCAGUCUGACUUCCAAGUUCUCGGUUGACAGGCAUGCACCCCCACACCUGGCUCUAGCUGGAUGAUUACUACUGGAAUUCAUAGAAAACCGCCACUAACAGCAGUACCCCAUCCUGGUGGCCGUUUUAGGAAACACUAACUGCAGACUCCUCUAGAGUGCUCAGCAGCAGCAGUCCGUCCAGGAGCCAGCAAAAUGAGGCGUGGCUGGGCUGUCACCAGCACCCGGUUCCCAGAACGCCGGAGCUUGUCCUCCGCAAAGCUUGGGCACCAAUCCGAAGGGAGGCCAGGUGGAUGAUGCAGGGCUCGACCCGUUAACCUGCUCUUCAGCUCAGCCCCGCCCCUCUCUUCGGGCCCCCGCGAAUUCAAAUCGGCUCCGCCGAAGGGCAGAGCACCGAGCGAUCGAUCGCUCCGGCCCCGCGAGCCGCCAUUUUUGGAAGGUGGGAGGAGAAAGGCGGGUGGGCGCGGCGCUUGCUCCGCGGGAUGCUAACUGGAUUUGGCGGCUCUCUGCAGUACGCCGGGGCUAGGGCUGCACGCUUGGCCGGCGCCCUUCCUUCGGCUGCUUCUCCGGAAUGAGGCCUCGGCGCCCGCGCGGGACAUCUCGGUUCCUCCUUAGAGCGAAUCCUAGGAGAGGCCGAAGCCGCCGCGAUGCCGGGGAAGCUGAAGGUGAAAAUCGUGGCCGGUCGCCAUUUGCCGGUGAUGGACCGUGCCAGUGAUCUGACGGACGCCUUCGUGGAGGUAAAGUUUGGUAAUACAACCUUUAAGACUGAUGUGUACCUCAAGUCACUCAAUCCUCAGUGGAACUCGGAGUGGUUUAAAUUUGAGGUGUGGUUUCAGGUGGAUGAUGAGGACUUACAGGACGAACCUCUGCAGAUCACGGUGCUUGACCACGAUACGUACAGUGCAAACGAUGCUAUCGGCAAGGUGUACAUUGACAUCGACCCUUUACUGUAUAGUGAAGCUGCCACAGUCAUCUCAGGGUGGUUCCCAAUUUAUGACACCAUACAUGGUAUCCGCGGAGAAAUCAAUGUUGUUGUCAAAGUAGACCUCUUCAAUGAUUUAAACAGAUUUAGACAGUCAUCAUGUGGAGUUAAAUUCUUUUGCACAACAUCUAUUCCAAAGUGCUACAGAGCUGUGGUAAUCCAUGGAUUUGUAGAGGAACUUGUGGUCAAUGAGGACCCUGAGUAUCAAUGGAUUGAUCGAAUCCGUACACCCAGGGCAUCGAAUGAAGCCAGGCAGAGGCUCAUUUCCUUAAUGUCAGGUGAGCUACAGAGGAAGAUCGGCCUGAAAGUCCUUGAGAUGCGAGGCAAUGCCGUUGUUGGCUACUUGCAGUGCUUCGACCUGGAGGGCGAGUCUGGGUUAGUGGUGCGAGCCAUAGGAACCGCCUGCACUCUGGAUAAAUUAAGUAGCCCAGCAGCAUUCCUUCCUGCAUGCAAUUCCCCAUCCAAAGAAAUGAAGGAGAUUCCCUUCAAUGAAGAUCCCAACCCCAAUACUCACUCAUCAGGACCCUCAACCCCUCUGAAAAACCAAACUUAUUCCUUUUCACCUUCCAAGUCCUACAGUCGGCAGUCCUCUUCUUCUGACACAGAUUUGAGUUUGACACCCAAGACUGCACCUUACCCACAGGGGCCGGGGGUCUACCUGUGUCCCAGCUCCACCCCCCUCUCUUGUGGUUCCCUUCACCUUAAGUCCCGCCUCCUCUCGGAAUCUAGCCUUACCCCUCAUCACUCUAGCCUUGUCAGCCCCGUUCUGAGGAAAAGUGUUUCUUUCAGUGAAGAGCUGUUCCUGGCUGCUUCUGGAAUGGGCAGCGGCAGUGCUGGAAAAGAAGGGGGGCCCUUUAAGGCUCUUUUACGACAACAGACCCAGUCCGCCUUGGAACAGCGGGGAGGAUCGCCUCCUAGGUUCUGUAGAAGGCGGGAGUUCCCCUUCCUCACCUUGACGGCCUUUCCCCCUGGACUUCUUGUGCACGUUGGCGGUGUUGUCAGUGCACGCUCUGUGAAGCUUUUAGACCGGAUCCACAACCCUGCCUUUGUCGGAAUUAUGGGUAACACAAGAUCUUACAAACUGCUAGACUGGAAUAGUUUCAAUUCAGAUGAACCAGAAACACGAGAUGCGUGGUGGGCAGAAAUCAGACAAGAGAUAAAGUCACAUGCUAAAGCCUUAGGCUGCCAUGCUGUCGUGGGCUACAGUGAGUCAACAAGCAUCUGUGAAGAAGUCUGUAUUUUAUCAGCGUCUGGCACAGCAGCUGUACUGAGCCCUCGGUUUCUCCAGGAAGGCACUGUGGAGGGCUGCUUGGAACAAAGGAUUGAGGAGAAUUUGCCCGCAGGCUGCGGGUUCUGCCAUAUACCAUACGAUGAACUGAACAUGCCGUUCCCAGCUCACCUCACCCACUGCUACAACUGCAGGAGACAAAAAGUCCCUGACGUUCUCUUUACAACUAUAGAUCUGCCCACAGAUGCAGUGGUUGUUGGAAAAGGCUGUCUUAUUCAGGCAAGGUUAUGUCGGUUAAAAAAGAAAGCACAGGCAGAAGCCAACGCCACAGCUAUCAGUAAUCUCUUGCCGUUUAUGGAAUAUGAAGUACACACCCAGCUGAUGAACAAGCUCAAACUCAAAGGAAUGAAUGCUUUGUUUGGACUGAGAAUUCAGAUCACGGUGGGCGAGAACAUGCUGAUGGGCUUAGCGUCGGCCACAGGGGUCUACUUAGCAGCCUUACCAACGCCUGGUGGUAUCCAGAUUGCUGGGAAGACCCCUAAUGAUGGCUCCUAUGAGCAGCACAUCUCCCAUAUGCAGAAGAAAAUAAACGACACGAUUGCAAAAAACAAAGAACUGUAUGAGAUCAACCCCCCGGAGGUGUGUGAAGAGAUGAUAGGAUCACCCAUCCCAGAGCCCAGACAGCGCUCAAGACUCUUAAGAUCGCAGUCGGAAAGUUCUGAUGAAGUUACAGAGUUAGACCUCUCACAUGGGAAGAAAGAUGCUUUUGUUUUAGAGAUCGAUGACACUGAUGCCAUGGAAGAUGUGCACUCCCUCCUCACUGAUGUUCCUCCUCCUUCAGGUUUUUAUAGUUGUAAUACAGAAAUUAUGCCUGGCAUAAAUAAUUGGACAUCAGAAAUACAGAUGUUCACGUCAGUAAGAGUGGUCAGACUGAGUAGCCUCAACCUGACUAACCAAGCUCUCAAUAAGAACUUCAACGGCCUCUGUGAGAACUUACUCAAGAGCCUGUAUUUCAAACUUCGGUCCAUGACCCCCUGCUGCCUCUGCCACGUAAACUUCACAGUGUCUCUGCCUGAAGACGAGUUAAUCCAGGUUACAGUCACAGCAGUUGCUAUAAGUUUUGACAAACACCAGGCCUUACAGACCACAAAGACCCUCGUGGAGAAGUCACUGCAGAGAGCCUCCACAGAUAAUGAAGAUGGGCUGCAGUUCCCGCUGGAGCUCUGCUCGGACUCCCUGCCUUCUCAUCCUUUCCCGGCAGCUAAAGAACACCUGGAGAGUGCGAGCUCUAACUCAGGUAUCCCAGCUGCACAGAGAGCUACGUCAGUUGAUUACAGUUCCUUUGCAGACAGAUGCAGCAGCUGGAUAGAGCUCAUUAAACUGAAAGCUCAGACCAUAAGGCGCGGAUCAAUUAAGACAACUGUGACUGUUGAAAAGGCGAGUGCCAUGGGCGAUGCGAAUUCCCGGAGCCGCUCUGCGCCACCUUGUGCGAGUCCCACCGUGGGUGUUGUUAAGAUGACGCCUCUUUCUUUCAUCCCUGGAGCAAAGAUAACGAAGUACCUGGGCAUCAUUAACAUGUUUUUUAUUAGAGAGACCACUUCCCUCCGUGAGGAAGGCGGAGUCAGUGGCUUUCUCCACGCUUUCAUUGCUGAAGUGUUUGCUAUGGUCCGAGCUCACGUGGCCGCGCUGGGAGGGAAUGCUGUUGUCUCCUACAUUAUGAAGCAGUGUGUCUUCAUGGAGAAUCCCAGUAAGAACCAGGCACAGUGUCUCAUAAACGUCAGUGGGGACGCAGUGGUUUUUGUUCGUGACUCUGACUUAGAAGUCACAUCUCAGCAGCCUGCUGCCACCUGCCAGCCAUCGUGCACUGGAGAAGUUACAACCUGAAGACAGCCGCUCACCUGAGUGAAGUUCAUGUGUCUCCAUUGUUUGUCAGCGUCUUCUCAGACCAGAGGGCCCAGCGAGGGCGGAGUCCUGAGGAGGAGGAGGGGAGGCAUCUGGUUGGUGUGCGCGCACAUCUUGGAGACUUGAGAAUUUCUGAUCUCGACAUUUUGUUUGUCCAGUCUACACUGACAGGCCCCCUGGAUUCUAGUACCUUCAGUUAUGGGAGUUAUUUGUAAUUUAUGUUGAUUUUAAUAAAAUUAUAAUUAAAAAUGAAAUGGAAAGAUUUCAGGAGACUAGGAUGAGUAGCUUCCAUGAUUUCGAAAACUAAACUGGAAUCCAAAUUGCUAAUGAGUCCGUAGUUGAUUUGAAAAUGGAGAAACUUCUGUGUAUUUUCAGAAAAUGACUGUGUGGAUCUCUCAGUGUCUUUUGCUUGAAAUGAGGAGUUUGUUAGCUGGAUGGAUAAUGCGUUUCGCCCAUCUUAAAAGGAAGCUGCAGUGUGUGUCUGCAGAAUUGGCUGACUGCUCUAGGAGCUUCCACCGAGGGGUGUCCUCAUCCAGGAGUGGGGGUGCCUCAUGACUGGCUGUCACAUGAAGGAGGGGGCACCUCAUGGCUGGCUCUUGCUUCAUAUUUAAUUGUCUGGAAGAGGCUUGGCUUCCACUGGGGAGCAGGUGCUGUGGAGUGUGUUUAAGGAGAGGAGAUACAGGAUUCUUUCUAAUGAUAUUCUAUUGCACUCUCAGUAAGCUUAGGGAUUGGUGGGGUACACUGUUUGGUAUAGACAUGGAAAGGAGACUUGAAUAUGCUGUGAAAUGUUGAAUGUAUGUAUUACGUCUUACCUAUGCCAAGCACCCACUAGUAAUGAGAUAUCAAAUUCCUCCUUUGCCCAAUAAAAUGUCCUUGUAAAACUUAGGAUUUUAUUCUCUCAAAACAGCAAAUUACCCUAAAGAUGAAAAAGUCAUCUUAUUGUUACACAGGUGUCAAUAUUUUUCGGUAUUUUGUUUAUAAUUUUAUUUUUUAAAUAAAAAGUUUAUAAACAGCA